AUGAUGGGGGAGACAACACCGGCCGGGAUCAAGAAACUGGCGUGUCGAGUAUGCAACAAGGCCUUUUCCAAAGCAGAACAUUUGAGAAGACACGAACGCUGCCAUACCGGAUCUAAGCCCUUUGUCUGUAAAGAUUGCGCGCGGCCCUUUGCCCGUCAGGAUGCCCUCACUCGUCAUGAGAAACUGCACAUGCGGACUCCAACCACCAAAAAUGUUCCCCAACCUUCGCCGCUGUCGUCCCAGACUGCCUCGAUACAGGAAACGCUUCCUGCGUGGAACUCGAAUUCUCCGUCAACAGUAGCUCCUGCGCCCCCUACAAGCACGACAUGGGAGACUUCACAGUCUACGCAGCAGUCAACUCUGCAUGCGGCGUCUGACCUAGAUUUUAGCUUGAUCUGGCCUGACUCGGAAAAUUUGUUCCAGAGUAUAAUGUCUACUGGCACGACGGACCAGUGGCAGAUGCCGCUGGGGACGCUACCGUUUCCUCCAGUUGUGCAGGAUGUUAACACGAUGAACUUUGGGUCUCCUAAUUCAUUUGACGAUCGAAGUUCGUCAAUUGGCACUAUUCCAUCCGGAGGGAGUCAUCAGGCUGUGCGGGAUGUCACGGAGAUGGUGACGAGCUCGUCGUCGAGUGUAACAGCCGAAGUGAAAGCGAAAUCGAUUACUUCGGUCUUCCUCGAUGAGUGUCUUCAUAUGUUCUUCGUCAGAUUCAUUCCGACAUUUCCUAUCCUGCAUCGAGCAACAUUCGUCUUUCGGGAAUGCACACAUCCGCUCCUUUUGAAUGCAAUAGCAAUUGGGUCGCUGUAUUUGGGGCCCAAGGACUCAGUAGCGAAGGGAGAGGCUUUAUGGCGUCUAGCACACACUGCGGUUGCAACAUCGUGGCAAUCGAUGAUAACACAUCGUGGUCUGUACGACGCAUGUAAAGGUGUGCAGCUGUUGAUAACAGCUCUUCUGGGACAAAUAUAUGGCGCGCUGUCAAAGAAUAGAGGCAUUCGCACUACAAGUCAGGUAUUUCGUCCACUUGGUUUCUUCUGGGCAAGACAUUGCGGGAUGCUGGACAGUCCGUCAGUUCCCCCGGAAAACCUCCCAUUCCAUGAUUCCCCGAUUGCGGAGAAAGAACACCAAUGGCGGGUCUGGGCAGCGAGGGAGAUUCAACAGCGAGCAUUACUUGCAUAUCAUAUCCUAGAUGGUCUCGUUGCGCAAAUGUCUGGAGACGGCGCCUCAACCCGGCACGUUGCGAACCCAUUGAACCUCCCAAAUAAUGAAGCAGCAUUCGAUGCCAGCACUGCUGAUGAGUGGUUGGUACACAUGCGCUCACUUAAAACAGAUCAGCCGUCUUUUCGCCUGGUCUUUCGCUCCCUCUUUCCUCCUGUUGGAAGCUUUCGCUCGCUAGACUACCAGUUCUCGGCGUUUGCCCUCCGUGUGGUGCUUGAAGGGUUACAGUCACUCGUUUCCGAUUCUGACGAAAGUGAUCUGGCGUCAGUUGGUGUCCCAGACCGCUCAGACGUCCGGAGAGCUCUAGCACAAAUCCACGAGACAAUCUCAAUGAGCAUCCAUCUCUCUCCACCGGAGAGACUAGAAAUACUUCUUCGAUGGCACACCAUAUGCCUCGACACAAUGAUCAACUCCACCAUCCUCUGCAGACACGUUUGCUCACGAUACAACAUCACCCAGUCCGUCUCAGGAGGCUCCCGAACACUCAAAUCCGGCUUCGACAUGAUCAAAUGGACCCACACAGAAGACGCCCGUCGCGCCCUCCUCCACGCCAUCGCCAUUCAAGAUAUCAUCGAACAGCUCCCCCGUGGGCGCGCGCACGUAAUCCACAUGCCCAGCUCUCUCUUCGCCGCAGCAACUAUAUACUUUAUUUUCUCCAUCGCUGGCGUCGCAACUGUUCGUCUCCCGAACAGCAUCAUCUGGCAGGAUGCGCUGCUCACACGAUCUGACCUGAACUUGGGCAGCACGGACAUGCACCCGGCAUCGGGUGGGUCAGAGACAAGACGGUUCGUUGAGGGUGGUCGGACGGAUUCUCCGCCGUCUGUCGGGGCUGUUAGGAAUAUGUUAUAUGAGUUGAAUUCCAUACAGAAAUUAUUCCGGUGUCUUUGCUCGCAGUGGGGGAUUGCUUUUGAUAUGGAGGAGAUUAUCGAUCAGUGGAUUACAUUGUGUCAUUGA